AAGGGUUUCGGCCCGAAACAUUGCCUAUUUCCUCCGCUCCAUAGAUGCUGCUGCACCCGCUGAGUUUCUCCAGCAUUUUUGUCUACCUUCGAUUUACCAGCAUCUGCACAGUUCCUUCUUAAGGACAUGGAUAGGACAGGUUUGGAGGGAUAUGGACCAGGCGCAGGCAGGUGGGACUAGUGUAGCUGGGACAUUGUUGGUUGGUUUGGGCAAGAUGGGCCGAAGGGCCUGUUUCCACACUGUAUCACUCUGUGAUUCUAAAUUAAUAACCUAUGGCACAUGACUUGAAUGAGGCACUGUGGUGGAGUUGCUGCCUCACAGCGCCAGAGACUGUAACACGCCCUGGUCUCUACUUUAAACGGGUUCUCCUUUAAUUUUUUAUCAGUCAAACCUCCAAUGCUGAUUUCUCCCGCAAGAGGAAACGCCCUCUCACUGUCUCCAAAGAACUAACCGCUUCCAUUACGAAACACCUUCAGGCAAAUGUGUGGGGUUGUGUUUUAAAGUACAAGGAGGAAGUGGGCUGAGAGCAUCCGUUCUGUUGUAGAGGUGAGUUUCCUGACGCCCAGCUUUGAGCACAGUACACCUGGUACUGAGUAGAGAGAGAGUAGAGAGAGAGUAGAGAGGAGAGAGAGAGGAGAGAGAGAGGAGGGAGAGACUGCAAGAACGUGUAGCAAUCAAUAAAGGGCUAUAGGUGUAUUAGAGAGAGCGGGGUGGGCGCGACUGGAUGGCUUUUCUGUCGAAGAAGAAGAAAUUCAAGUUCCUGGUGCGUUUGACGGUGGUGGAUCUCUCCGCGGUGCCGUUCGUCAACGGGAUCAUUUUCUGCAAACUUCGCCUCAUGCAAGGGGGUGUCUUCGAGGAGCUGACUUCCCGUGAAGAGGUUCUGGACAACUGUGUCCAGUGGCAGAAGGAAUCUUGCUUCAGGUGUAAAAUGAGUGCCAGCUCAGUUACUGGGGUCCUAGACGCAAGCGUUUGCAGGGUAUCGGUCCGUAAGGAACUGAAGGGCGGGAAGUCGUUCUUGAAGUUGGGUUUUGUAGACCUGAACCUGGCUGAGUUUGCGGGCUGUGGCUCCACUGCUCGCUGCUGCCUCCUAGAGGGCUACGACACCAAGCACACCCGUCAGGACAACUCCAUCCUCAAGGUUUCCAUCUCCAUGCAACUUCUAUCCGGCGAUCCGUGCUUCAAAACGCCUCACUCCACGGCCAAGUCCAUCGAGAUCCUGGGACAUCGGAACUCGCUGCAGCCGGACUGCAAAGGGGGAGACGGCAAGGACGAUGCGGAGCUGGAGAGGGGACAGAAUCGGCCGGAUUCCUGGAAGCACAAGGGCCGGUUUCUCCCGGCGAACGCGAGAACACUCGAGGGCAGUGACUGCGCUCCUGACAAGGUGCAUCCCCGGAAAAGGCAUUCCCGCAAUUCCAGUGGCUCUAGCCAGCACUCCAAAAUCUCAGGUUACAGUUCCGAGGGAUCCCUGUGCAGCUCCCGGUUCGAGCCGGCUCACCGGCGGGAUGGGUCUGGAGUUAGCCGCCUCUCCUCCGGCAUCGGCAGCACCGCCGACCUACGCGACGGGAACGGGAACGGGACCAGCCCCGACACGGCCAUGGCCCAUCCCAAACUCUCCUUCCGAUCCGAGCGGCUCUCCAGGCGUAAGAAGGAGGAGGCGGAAAGCCGCCCCACGUGGCUGGACGAUACGCGGGUGAGCGCGUGCGACAUCGUGGAGCGGAUCGUACGUGAGCAGGACUUCAGCCGACCAACCGGCGCUGAGGACAGCGGGCUACAGUUGUACGUGGGGCGAGAUGGGACCGUCAAACUGGGCGGCUUACAGACUGAGAACAGACGGUAUAAUUACAAACCCGUGGUGAUCGAUAGCCAUUAAGCUCGGCUCGACAACGGAAUUCCGAUUUCCCCCACCGAAUAUUUCAUCUGCUGCUGUUUCAUUGUGUUCCCGGGAAGUUCCCAAAUUCUGGAGUUUCCACGAGGAAGGAGCCCGGUCAUUUUAAAGAAAGGACAGGACAAUAUCGAGGGUGGGGGGGGGGAUGAUGGGGAGAGGAUAGGGAAAGAGAUGGGAAGAUUUAUCUGUCCGCUCAUCCAAUGCUAAUGGCCCAAGAGUCGAGUUGGGAUGGGACUCAAUGGAUGGUCCACCAACGAUUUUUGUUUUUUCCGGUAUUCCUUGGAGCCAGAUCCUUGCCGUAUUAUCCGUCGGCUUUGAGAACGGAUCUGCCGGGAAUGGCCGGGAUUUCCAAAAAUUCCAAAUAUUCCACCUGCGCAUCGGCUGCGGAAGUCCGGAUGAGGUCGGGAUCGCCCCGGGCUAGGUGUCACAUUUUCGGGGAGAGGGGGGUGGUUUGUUUUCCAGCGGAGAUUUCAAAGUGUGCGCUGUCGGGAAUUCUGUCCGGAUUGAAGGAGGUCCCGGGACCACCAGCAGUCGCCAGGGAAUUCGGUGGUGGGCCUGUCGUGUAUCUGCGAUCAAUAUAUGCUGCAAGUGGGAAAGUUAGUGAUCGGGUGCCCAGUAUGUCUCGGCUUGACUGGAAUUGGUAAGGAAGGAACUGCAGAUGCUGGAUGGUUUAAACCGAAGAUAGACGCAAAAAAAGCUGGAGUAACUCGACGGGGACAGGCGGCGUCUCUGGAGAGAAGGAUAGGCGUAACGUUUCGGGUUGAGACCCGCAACGGCACCCGUUCCUUCUCUCCAGAGAUGCUGCCUGCCCAGCAGAGUUACUCCAAAGAUGCUGCUUGAACCAGCAGAGUUUCUCCAGAGAUGCUGCCUGACCCGCUGAGUUACUCCAGAGAUGCUGCCUGACCCGCUGAGUUUCUCCAGCUUUUUGCAUCUAUCUUUGGAAUUGCUAAUCCUUCCCUUCGGUCUAAUUUAUCUAGCGUUGUUGUGGGUGUUAGCAAGGAACGUCCUACACCUGACUGGCAGUCCAAUGCAACGUACAACAUAAUCAGUUUGAUUCAGUGGGGGAGGAGAGUGUGAUGUAUUAAAAUGCUAACUUCCCAGCUGGUUGACCACUCCGAAGCUGAAUCUCCUUGGAGAUCAUGGAGUCAUUAUUUGAUCUGUGUCUGUGUCGGUCGAGAAUGGACUUGACUGAGUUUUUUUUAAAGAAGUGAUAAUUUAUCAAUAAAGUGUUUUUAAAAAUAAAUUGCUUAUUUUGAAAA